AUGGACCGGAUUCCUGCACUACACGUAUCCCUGCACCUAGCACUAAUAAAUAGUUACCGUUUACUCGCAACGACACAAAUAAUACUGCGGGCCGUCGAACUUGCACCCGGUCAACGCACCAAGAUUUAUCUCUUCAUCCGCUGCACCAGGCUGGUGCUGGCUGCAGCCGGCGCUGGGGCGGGCAGCGCGCUGAGUGCGCACGCGCCGCCAGCCUGCACUAGCACGACACACGCACACACACAAGUCACCCUGCACUCGCGGACACGCGCGGCCGCCAAAUUUCAGCGGUUGACAUUCGAAGCGAGCAAUGAGGCGUGGCGUGCGCGCGCACGUCGGUCGGCGGCGGGCGGCGAGCGCUUACUGCCGCCCGCGCGCCUCGCUGCCUGCGACCAGCUUUUUGCUUUAAAGCUCCACAGAUAA